AUGGAUACCAUUCUUCAGGGUCUGAACAAGGUCGGAUACAUACUUGAUGAUAUCCUUGUAAAUGGAGCAAAUGACUCUGAACAUAAGCAGAUCUUAGAAGCUACACUCCAACGUCUGGAUGAUUAUGGUGUGAAAUUACAGAAAUCUAAGUGUCAGUUUAUGCAGGACCAAGUAGAAUACUUUGCAUUUAUUGUGAGUAAGGAAGGAAUCAAGCCUUCACCAAAGAAGCUAGCAGCAAUUAAUAACCUGGAGGAUCCCAAUUCACAAAAGAAUUACUCACAGAUAGAAAAAGAAGCCCUUGCUAUCAUCUUUGGAGUUACCAAAUUUCACGCGUAUCUAUAUGGGCGGAAAUUUACACUCAUUACCGACCAUAAACCGCUAACCACUAUAUUUGGACCCAAGAAAGGCAUUCCAGUCUUAACAGCUUCUCGACUGCAGAGGUGGGCGAUCCAACUGGCAGCUUACCAGUUUGACAUUAAAUAUCGCACUACUGGAAAACAUCAAAACGCAGAUACCCUUUCACGUUUUCCACUUGCAGAGGAGGGAGAGUCAAGGACAGUAUUUGAUAGAGAGACGGAGUUGAUACACAGAAUACAGCUAAAAAACUUACCUGUGACUGCUGAAAAAGUCGCAGCUGCAACAAAGAAUGACAUUGUCUUGUCUCGUGUGGUGGAAUUUACAAAAAGUGGUUGGCCAAGCUCACAACCAGACCCAAACUUGUUGCCAUUCUAUCGAAUACGCAAUGAAUUAAUUAUUGAAGAUGGAUGUUUACUUCGAGGGAUCAGAGUGGUUAUCCCAGAAAAGUACCGACAAAAUUUAUUGGCGGAGUUACAUGUCUCACAUCCAGGGAUGGUCAGGAUGAAAUCAUUAGCCAGACUUCAUGUAUGGUGGCCCGGUUUGGACUUUGAUAUUGAGACCAAAGUAUCUCGGUGUGACUCCUGUAGGGCUCAAUUACCCAACUUACCUAGAGCUCCAUCCAAUCCGUGGUUAUGGCCAAGUGCACCCUGGAAACGAGUACACAUUGACUACGCUGGACCCUUUAUGCAGCGCAUGUUCCUAAUAGUAGUAGAUGCAUAUUCAAAGUGGAUUGAUGUGGUGAUGAUGACUUCUACUACCUCAGAGAGUACUAUCAAUGCUUUGAGAUACCUGUUUUCUUCAUAUGGGCUACCUGUAGAAAUUAUUUCUGACAAUGGACCCCAAUUUGUGUCCGAGGAAUUUGAAACAUUUUUAAAGGAGAAUGGAAUACGUCACAUUAAGUCUGCACCAUAUCAUCCUGCAUCAAACGGGGAGGCAGAAAGAGCCGUUCGUACUUUUAAACAAGCAAUGAAAAACAUGGCAAGUGAGACGGGAACGUUAAAUCAGAAAUUGGCAGUAUUUUUAUUGUCCUAUCGCACUACUCCGCAUACAACUACCAAUACAACACCAAGUGAGCUGUUCUUCAACAGAAAACUUCGUACAAGACUGGAUGUGGUGAAACCCCAAUUGUCUGACCGUAUCCAUCAGAAAUCACUCCCAGCUGAAAAGAAUACUCGAGAAUUCAAUGUUGGUGAUACUGUCAUGGUGCCUGAUUAUCGCGGAAACAAAGUCUCUUGGAUAAAAGGUACCAUCUCGAGAAGACUGGGACCAGUUACUUACCAUGUGAGUGUUUGUGGUAUGCUGUGGAAACGACAUGUAGAUCAGAUACGUACAUGUGAUGUCAUGUGUGAAUUAAGAGGUUCAGAGCCAGUAAAACCAAGUGUGUUCGACUGCCUGGUUCCCAUAAGUGCACCGUUGAAGAGUGGGGAGGAACCAUUCAACAAUACCGGUGAUGUUCUUAACUCCCAGGAUUCACUGUCAACUGAUCCCUCUACCAGUGAUGACCGCAAACAUAAAAACAUCAGUCCAACACAACCAUGUUAUCCACCUCGUGAACGUCGCAGGCCACAGCGACUAAUCGAACAGUGUUAA